UCUUCAUACUGUACUGUCUUUGGUGGGAACGACGCAUAUGGCUGAGAAGCAAAAUUAGCAACAAAAUAACGCAGUCACUGGUAAAAGUGACAUCUGACGUUGAUCUCGACAGUUUCAGGUAAUUUUCGGAAAAUAUAUCCUGAAUCUCAUUAUUCGUAUUACAUUGAAGUCAAACAGUCUCCAACGUUAUCUACACAGAAUGCUUAUUUAGCUAGCUAGCUAGACAGAAAUACUGAGCUACGAAAGUGAAUCAGCUAACUACCGUUAUUAGCUAGCUUGCUAACAAGCAAGUGCUGAACAUUCUAGUGCCAGUGGAGGCAGUCCAACGUUAGCUAGUAGCUAGCGUACAUUAGGCUAGCUAAUUUAUUCACUGACAUUAGCCAGCUUGCUAACGUUUGCUCAAUUAAUUAAAUAAAGGCAACACAUUUGCUCGCUAGUUAUCAUUUCCUGGCACUGUCUCACACUUCUGGCUAAUAAUUGUUAACGUUAGCUAAGCUAGCUGGACAGCGCCUGUGUUCUGUCAAUGCUAACUUACAAAUGAUAUUGAUGAAUUUAGUCAUCUAACUAGUUAACUAGCUAAGUAUGUUAACUAACAUUUGCUUGAUUCAGUUUAAACGUUUUAGCUCGCUAACUAGUUUUGAUGUUAACGUCUUUACUCCGCAUAUCAAAAACAGCUCAUGAACAUGGCAUGCUCUGCUUGCAAGCCAAGUGACUGUGUUCUUCUGCCUGUUAAUGUGUGAACAUUUCUCAGAUCACUAGCCUUAGUAUCCAAGGUUUCACUUCAUCUAUCAUUAUGAAUCCAAUAAUUUUUCUGAGCUCAAGUUGGCCUAAACCUGAAAGAGUUAGAACUAUGAGUUUGGUAUGCAUGAACUAAGCAGCAUUGUCUCAUUCUUGCCAUUUCAAGUGGGCUUGCAAUGUCAGGGUGCCAGAAGUUAUUCAUGUGUUUUUCUUUUCAGGGAUAAACCAGAGUCAAGAAGAUGGCUGACACAGAGCAAACAAGUGCCCCUCCUCCCCCUCAAUUAGGGACAGUGGUGAGUAAUCAUGCACUUUUACUUCAUCAGAUCAUAGAUUGUACUUGUUAGGCUGGAUUUAUACUCCACUAGAUGUACUCUAGUGUAGAAGCUCUGACUUCACCACACACAUUUCGCUGCGUGUCAUAGCUUGUAACUUUAUGCACGCUCCAGUGACAUUUUGUAACCGUGAAUGUUUGGUGGAGGAUAAACCCAGCCUAAAGUCUAAUUUAUACCUUGUGCAAGUACGCAACGUAAGGACAUAAUUAGCUACACUAAUUGACUGUCCUGUGUAGUUGCAUUGUAAAAACAUGCAAAUGUGUGCAGCCCCAAAUUUGUAGUGCAACGCAAGGCAAACCAUUUUUGCGUAUGUAAUUGUGUCCCUGCAUUGCGUCAUUGCAGUAAGGUAACAUUACAUUCGUUUUUUUGCUCUCACAUUUUGGCUUAUUGCAUUUCAUUUGGAUAGUGCUCAUUAGCCUUGGGCGAUACCCCGGUAUAUGGUAUAAGCGGUAUAUUUCGAAAUACAGACGGGGAGUGCAUGCUACGCCACUGCUUAUAAGUUAAGUAUGACUAUAAGAAAUCUAAGUUGGGUCAAAUAAAUAAUAUCCAGCUCAGGGCUCCAGCUAUGCAUUUGGUUUGCUAACUUGCUAGCUGAGUGGCUAGAUGUCAAGAUCAAGCUUCUUGGUUACAGCAGAGACAUUCAAUCCCCUCUUGGAUCAAGAUCCCUGUUGCCUAAAUUGUUUUUGCCCGCCUUGUGUGCACAUUCGGUAAUGCCGUAUGCCCCGGUAUGGUACGAAAACGGUAUGAAAAUCUGGAUUACCGCAACCGUAGUUCUCAUACUGAUACAAUAUAGGCCUAUGGUUGUGCUUCUACAGUGGACGGUGAUUCUACAGUGGAUGAUUUAGUCUAGUUUUUCCUAAUCUUAUGAAGUUGAAUGUACUCUCUUCUUUCACAGCAAUUCAUGUUGGCUAACAAACUAGAGACGGCAAUGUGGCUCUCGCGGCUCUUCACCGUCUAUUGCUCAGUAAUGUUCAUUCUACCUCUCUUAGGGUAAGGGUCAAUGCUCCAAUUGUUUGCUUUGUCUAUAUGUCUAUUUAGAAAGCAAUACGCUAUGAUAGGGACUGGUCAUUGGGUUUGGUUUUCUACUGCAUUGUGCAGUUUGGGUUUUGCAUUAUUUUUGUUUACUCAGUUCCAGCACCAGGGAAAUAUUUUUCUGCAUGUGCACAUAGCAAUAUAGCAACAAUACCUGACAAGGACAACCAAUGCAGAACUGCCAAAUGAACAGAUGUUUUACUAAUAACAUUAUCAAAUGUCUGGAAUGAUCACCUGAUGCCACCACAUUCACUUUUAUAGCAUAUUCUGGACCAAAUUGUUUUUCCACCAUUUUUAUAUACUCCAAAAUAUAUACUGAACAAAAAUAUAAAUGCAACAUGUAAAGUGUUGUUUCCAUGUUUCAUGAGCUGAAUCGUCUGAGACUAGCCACCUGGACAGCUGAUGAAACUGAGGAGUAUUUCUGUCUGUAAUAAAGCCCUUUUGUUGGGGAAAAACUCAUUCUGAUGGCUGUGCCCCUACCCUGUCAUGUGAAAUCCAUAGAUUAGGGCCUAAUACUUGUAUUUCAAUUGACUGAUUUCCUUAUAUGAACUGUAACUCAGUACAAUUGUUGGGUUUGUAUAUUUUUGUUCAGUAUAGUUAAUUAGUCUGAGUUCCCUCAGAGUAAUGCAUUUAUCUGUUUCUUCUUUACAUUUUCCAGACCCGAGGCGGUCGCCAAUUUCUAUCAGCGUGCGCUGCUGGCCAACGCCCUCACCAGUGCUCUGCGGCUGCACCAGCGGCUCCCCCACUUCCAGCUCAGCAGAGCCUUCCUAACCCAGGCACUCCAAGAGGACAGCUGUCACUACCUGCUGUACUCCCUCAUCCUGGUCAACUCUUACCCUAUCACAAGUAUCCUCUCAACCAUACAUAAAGGCCUUAUCACCAUAGCCUGGUCCCAGAUCUGUUUAUGCUGUAUAGCCAACUCCUAUGGUCAUUGUCAUGCCAGGCUAAUAUCACCAUGCCUUGGUUGUUCUGUCAUAAGGGUCUCUGAUAAAGCUAGAGCAUGGUAUAUCACCACCAGACUGGUUUGGGGAGAAUGCCAAUUGUGUUGCAGGAAGGUUUUUGUAAUGCUUGGGGGUCAUGGUUUCAGUUAUGCAAACCUACUAAAAACCUAUUAACAAGAUGGCAUUGAUUGACAGCACUAUUUGAUGCUGACCUCAAUGUUUAUUUUGCAUUGUUGUCAAUCUUUAAUGCUGUUUGCCCCUUAACCGCAGUCUACAGUGAGCAUAUUCCCAGUCUUCCUGUUCUCGUUGCUUCAUGCAACCACCUACACAAAGAAGGUUCUUGAUGUAAGUAUCUUCUCUUGAUUCCAAAACAUUUCAACGUUAGUGAAGCCAUACAAAGCCAGUUGAGUAAAGCAUAGCCAACACUUAAAAGGGUAUUUUAUAAAAUACCCUUUUACUAGUUUUGGCUAGGUAAAAUGGUCAUUUUGCUCCUCAAUUGGACAUUUCUGGUUUUAGGGGCAUUAAUGGAAAAUGUACAGUGUAUAAGGUGCUCUAUGUCUCUGCUAGUUUAGUCAUGUGGUGCUCCUGAUGUGUAUAAUUCCACUUGUAGGCAAUGGGCCCCAAUAGCCUGCCCUUCAUGAGGAACUUCCUCAACAAGCUCUCGGUCAACCAGCAGAACAUCCUGAAGUUCAUCGCCUGCAAUGAGAUCUUCCUCAUGCCAGCCACCAUAUUCAUGCUCUUCAGGUAUGUGUCUGUUUCUUGGUAAAUUUCGCUGCACAUUUGAAUGGUACCUUAGACUGAAGUCAGAUUAGGGUUUUUCCUUCUUAGUCGAUGUCUUACUAUACCAGUAUGCACUGAGAUAAGAAUUAAUCGAUUGUCCUCCCCAGUCACUUGAUUAAUGAUUGUUUCUUGUGUUUACAGUGGCCAGGGAAGCUUGCUGCAGCCUUUCAUUUACUACAGGUUUAUAACUCUCCGCUAUACUUCAAGGAGAAACCCAUAUUGCCGGUAAGUAGCCUCAUUUGACUUUUGUGAAGUAAUUUUAAUAUGUAGGAUAAUUGUACAAUACCAAAUAUGGCGAAUUGCAUUUUUCUAUGUAUUUGAUGUUGAUGAAAUCAUUUCUCAAACCAUCGUUUCCCCCUAUCCGCUAAUCUCCCUGUCCACCUGUCCCAGCACCCUGUUCUCAGAGCUGCGGAUCCUGCUGGAGCAUUUCAUCAUGAAGCCUGCCUGCCCCCCCUUCUUCAGAAAGAUGUGCCUCAACAGUAUCGCCUUUAUGAGCCGCCUGGCCCCCACCAUAGUGUGACCUUACUUCCUGUUCCCACACAACCAUAGUUUGUACUGUAAGGGGCGUGGCAGCAUUUCAACUCAAGAGGGACUGACAAACAACUUUGAGAGCGAGGAAAAAAACCUUUUUGAAUGUUAGUCUGGUCUGUCUUCCUGCGGCGCUGUUCAAAUGCUAGAGCGGAGGCUGAGGUUCGGCCUACGACGCACUGAAAACCCCCGAUCGUUUUCGAUAUGGCUUUAUGGAACAGCUGAACACUCACUCCCCCCUCCUCCACCCCAUAUUCUCUCUCUCUUUGGGAAUAAACACCAGCUGACUAUCUGAUGUGUUCUACUUAUAAGGAUUGACCUUAUGAUGGUUAAAUGUCUUUGGUCUGUCCUGUAUGAUUUAUUUAUUCAUGGGAAAUACUUGUUCUUCUUUAAAAAAAAAAAAAAGACUUACUUCUGAGAUUAGAUAAUUCAAUUGUACUAUACAUAGUUGCAGUCAUUUUUGUAUAGCUUAAUCAUAUUGUGCUUUUCAAAGGUGAGAUGAGAUGUCAGUUGAUCUUUUUUUUUACAUCCACUAAUUCCAUUUUAUACAUUAGUUUUCUUAGCGGCAAGCAUUGGUUAUGAUUUUGUCUUAAAACACGUUUUUACUCUUUGAAUUUGAAAUGUGAUCUAUGCCAUGUAACUCACUACUUAGAAAAUGUGUUGGCAGAGUCCAAAAGGGCCCUGAAAUGAAAAAGCAGCAUAUAUGCUGUAUUUUGAAGACUUGAAUGGUACAAGGACAUGUAGUUGUAGGAUUUAUGCUUGAAAUUAAUCAGUUUCACUAUACCAGCAGUUCCUCAGUCCGUGCACAAAGCACAUGUUCUGCAGUAAAUGGGAAGGACUAGGCUGGCUUCAAAUGCAAGUGUAUAUUUGCAUUUUGAAUAGGUUUUCUAAUUGAAAAUGUCUUUAAAUUCACGUUCGAUUAAACUGAUUUGAGGCUAAUACCCCUAUAGUUGUCCGAUUCAAUGCAUGCCAGUGUUAAAUGUCUUUAUUUACUUGUAGAGAAACCAUGUUUGUGUAGAUCUGGAAUAAAUUACUCCAUUCUCUUAAAUGAAAAAAAUGACCUUGAAUGAGAUUUAUAACCUCCAUAUUCACUAAUAUAAACAUGAUUUGUAUCAAG